AUGAAGGUCGUCGCUGAAGAUUCGGUCGCGAAAGCAGCGAUUACUAUGGAACCUGUACUGUCCAACGCGUCGGAUUCCGGGAAGAAAGACACGAUAUUGAUCCGAUGGAUUACUCGAUUCUACCAUAGAUGGGCACUUUUUGUGGCUGAUCACGCUAUCCUGACCAUCGUCAUUUGUACCAUAUUGAGUUUGGUCGGCACAGCAAAGAUCGUUACCACUCCGAAUGAGAACGACAUUACCGGCUACACUCCGUAUGGAGCCAGAGCCAGAGAUGAACUCGAUGUUGCUGGGGAAUUCUUUUCACGUGGAGGUAGCGGUAUUGCAAUUUUCGUUUUAAUCCUCCCAAAAGACGGAGGAAACGCUUUACGACUGGAGGUUCUCGAUGAGGCUAUUGAGGUUGAAGAGAAAUUAUCGACGAAUUUCACGAUACUGAAUCCACAUACAAACCAAAUGGAGCCCUAUCGUGAUUUUUGUUUCAGUUUCUGUCAAAUCAAUGAGCCUUUCGUACAGUUUGCGAGUAGCUAUAUUGUCCAGAAAUCUCUCGCUGAAAAAGGUACUCCAAUAAAUACUAGGAUAGAGCUGACAUAUCCAAUAAGCACUUUCUAUGAUCGCCGAAUAAAUAUCCAGCCACAUUUUUUCGGCUUAGAAUUCACCGACGAUCCGUUGCCUGAUGGUUCGAUUGAUUUGAACUCGACGGAGGUCUCAACCAAACUUCAUAUCUCGAAUUUGAAAUCAGCGAAGAUGCUAGCGCUCCAACUCCGAGCCGAACGAAAGGAUUGGUGGACGACGCAAAUGGUGAAAGAAUUUGAACUCAGCAUUACAGAAUACUUUGAGAAGGAUUUUGUUUCGUCCAAUAUACGAGUGCUCACCUUGUCCACGUCGUUCGUAGAGGCGGAGGUAGUUCGAGCUGGUAUGAGUCUUCUACCAUUUCUUGUGGUUGGAUUCGCGAUUAUGGCCUGCGUCUCAUCGCUUACAACGUUUUUAAGCGCUCUUUUUAUGGAUCAAGUAAGCAUCCACAAGUUCUCGUUGGCUGUCAUGGCAUGUAUCUGUCCGUUCAUGGCCUGUGGUACAGCACUCGGUGCCCUCUUCUUUAUCGGAGUCAGAUUCGGCUCGAUCCUCUGUGUGACACCAUUCCUGGUAUUAGCUAUUGGAGUCGACGAUGCUUACCUCAUGAUCCAUUCUUGGCAAAGAGUCACAAAAGAGUUGAGGGAAAAUCCUGUCAAAGGAGACUGUGCCGCGUAUCGAUUAGCUCAGGUCCUUUCCGAUACUGGCCCAGCUAUAAUGAUUAGUGCGUUGACGAAUAUGUCAGCCGAUACGGUAGGAGCUUUCACCAGUUCCCCGGAGAUCACAUUACUAUGCUAUGGAAAUGCGGCCUGUAUUCUUGUCGACUUUAUCUAUCAGAUCACCCUCUACAGUGCAGUGAUGGUAAUUGCUGGUCAUUUUGAGGUGGAAAAUGAACGAGAACUGAGCCUUACUCAACGUGUGGAAUGUGGAGCUGAUGAUGCUGUUGACAGUAUCGAUCAAAAAUCCGUCUCCUCAACGUUGGAAAAGCUCACCUGCAAAUUCUCCACGUUUCUCGACAACUACGUCACGCUCGUCACGAACAAAUUGUUUAAUUUUGCUGUGAUUCUGGUAUGGAUCAUCUUCUUAGCCGUAUCCAUAAAGGGAAUCACACAAAUGCCAAUUAAUUUGACACCGAAGAAGAUGUUCUCUAAAGAUUCUUCUCUUCUAGAGAUGGACGAUCUCAGAGUUUCCUAUGUGAUUCCACAUUUCACUUUAGCCACGGUAUUUGUGAACAAACCAGGCAACCUCUCGGAUCAACAUCGUCUAGCAAGGCUAAAUUCGCUCGUUAACGAAAUGGAAUCGUUACCGGGAGCGUGGGGAAACAGAAGUUCCAACUUCUUCGUGCGAGACUUCAUCGAAUACGAAAAAGGGAUGAGCGAAUUUGAACCAGAGGACAGCGAAAAGGCUACAAAAGGUCCAAAUUCUUUGAAUCUAAAAGAUUUACCAGCUUUCUUGGAAUGGCCUGAAUACGAAUUCUGGCGAGGUUUCUUGCGUUUCAACGAGAACUCUACCGAACUGGAAAGAUUCUUCCUAACCACAGCUUAUCAUGGUGAUGACCUCCGUGAAUGGAUCAAUCGAGAUAAACUGUUGAAGAGUUGGCGAAAUGUUGUGGAUCGCUAUGCACCUGAAUUUAAUGUGACCGUUUAUUACGAUGACGGAAUAUAUUUGGAUCUUAUUGAAAAUAUGCCAACUGAUACUUGGCAGUCGGGUGUUGCUACCAUUUGCUGCAUGGCUAUCGUAUGCUUCAUUUUUAUGUGGGACCUUCCGACAGUUCUCAUCACCACAGGAGUUAUUGCAAGUAUUAUGACAGGAAUUCUUGGCCUAUUGUCGUGGACAGGAACAGAUCUCGACCCGAUUGUUAUGGCUGCACUUAUCAUUUCUAUUGGUUUUUCCGUGGAUAUCCCAGCACAUGUCUCUUAUCACUACUACAGUGCCGGAUCUCAUAUUCCUCCCCCAAUUACCGCCAGACGUCGAUUACGGUACUGUCUGUCUUCGGUUGGAUUCCCGGCUCUUCAAGCUUCGCUCAGUACGAGUUUAUGUGUGCUGGCCUUACUCUUAGUUAGUAUCUACAUGUCACAGGUUUUCGUCAAAACCAUGAUCAUAUGCAUGACUCUAUGCGUUCUACACGGUCUAGUGCUCAUUCCAUGUCUAGUCAGCAUCGCUGAUCCAGUACUGAUAAAGCUGCAACGGUCUAAAAAAGCAUAA